AAGUUCCACCUCCUCUCUCUCCCGGCUCCUCCAGGCUCCGGUUGACCCCGGCCCCGCAGCAGACCUCUGACAUUUGAGCAUCAUGGAGCUCCGUUAUACACUAAUGAUGUUCUGCCUUAUUAUCCCACUGUGCACUUCGGACACUAAUCUGAGCAGUCACUUCGUUUUGGAGCCCUAUGAUUUCCUCUUCGACGCGGCAGUGGAAGCCUACUAUAAGGGGGACUGGCUGUCGGUUAUCCUGAACAUGGAGAAGGCGCUCAGGAACAAAGCUACGGUCCGCAGCGUGAAGGCUCAGUGCCGGCUGAGCUGCGCCAAUCAGACCGCUUUCGGCGAUCGUCUGGUCGGCUUGGGAGUUCCCAUACCGGGGGCCGGGUCUGUGGAGGACCUGGGCUUCUUCCAGAAAAUCCUCAAGCGGGCGGACUGCGUGAACUCCUGCGAAACUGAGAAACUGGGUUCACCAACAAUGCACCAGGUUACUGCAGACGUGGAGCUGGAGUUCAACAAGAGGACCCCGUAUAAUUACCUACAAGUUGCAUAUUUUAAGAUCAAUAAGCUGGACAAGGCGGUGGCAGCUGCCAACACAUUCUUCCUGGCCAACCCAGAUCACAUGGAGAUGAAACAGAACCUGGAGUACUACAGGAUGAUGGAAGGAGUACAGGAAGAGGACUUCAAAGAUUUGGAGGCCAGGACACACAUGGCCGAGUUCCUGCUAGGGAAGAGCUAUUACAGCGACGACUCAUUCGGCUUGGCGGCUGAACACUUCGAAGUGGCCGUAGAUGAGUACUUCGCUGCCGAUAAGGAAUGCAGAGUGCUGUGUGAGGGAGCCUACGACUAUGACGGAUACAACUACAUGGAGUACAACGCUGACCUGUUCCAGACCAUGACGGACCACUACAUGCAGGUACUGAAAUGUAAGCAGCAGUGCUCCGUAGAGUUGGCCACAACUGCUGGCAGAAACAAGCCCUUUGAGGACUUCCUCCCCUCGCAUUUCAACUACCUGCAGUUCUCCUACUACAACAGUGAGAAGUAUGAACAGGCCAUAGAGUGUGCUAAGACCUUCCUGUUGUUCCACCCUGACGACGAGGUGAUGAACCAGAACCUGGCUUAUUAUUCUGCCGUGCUGGGUGAAGACAAGGCAGGGACCAUAUCAGCCAGACAGGUGGUGAAACUGUACAUUCAGCAGUCCAUACUGGAAAAAGAGCUGCUCUACUUUGGAUAUGAAGCCUUCGGAAUCACCUUUGUAGAUCCAGACACAUGGACUCCUGAAGAUGUCAUGCCUAAGAAACUGAGGGACAAGCAGAAAGCCGAGAGAGAGACGGCAGCGAGGAUCACAGAGGAAAUAGGAAACCUAAUGAAGGAGAUUGAGACUCUGGUUGAGGAGAAGAAGAAGGAUUCUUCCGAGCUGGCCACAAUGAUAGUCCCGCAGGAGGAUGGCGCUCCGUUGUAUAAUGACUUCAAGGUGACCAUGACGUCCAAGCAGCUGAAUGGCUCUGAGCGGGUGCUGCUGGAUGGGGUGAUCAGUGAAGAUGAGUGCAGGGAGCUGCAACGCCUCUCCAAUGCAGCUGCUCUAAAAGGUGAUGGCUACAGGGGGCGUCCUUCGCCCCACUCCCCCAGUGAGAUGUUCCAGGGAGUCACUGUCCUGAAGGCUGUGAAGCUCGGACAGGAGGGGAAGGUUCCACUGAAGAGCGCCCGUCUGUUCUUCGACAUCAGCGAGAAGGUGAGGAAGGUGUUGGAGUCGUACUUCCGUCUGGGCACUCCGCUCUACUUCUCCUACUCCCACCUGGUCUGCCGCUCCGCCAUCGAUGAGAAGCAGGAGGAACGGAAGGACCUGAGUCACCCUGUUCAUGUGGACAACUGUUUGCUGGUUUCUGAGCUUAACGACUGUAUCAAGGAACCUCCUGCAUACACAAACAGAGACUACAGUGCCAUCCUUUAUCUAAACGAUGACUUUGAAGGAGGAGAUUUCAUCUUCACAGAGUUGGACGCUAAAACAGUCACGGCUGAGGUGCGUCCACAGUGCGGCCGUGUGGUCGGGUUCGGAGCGGGGAAGGAAAACCCCCACGGUGUCAGAGCUGUCACCAAGGGUCAGAGGUGUGCUGUGGCACUGUGGUUCACCCAGGAUCCUGCUCACGAGGAAAAGGAGAGAAUCCAAGCUCAGGAUAUGCUGAAGAUGUUUUCUACCCCUGUGGAUACAGAGUUUAUCAAACAGGAGUCAGCUGACAUCUCCGAGCCCCAACCAUCAACCCCAGACCCUCCUGCUCAGGCUGACCAGGAAAAAGCAGACGAUAAACAAGAUAAUAAACCAGCAGAGCAGAAGCUGGAUGCACCAGCAGACACGCAGGCUGACAAACCAGCCGACUCGCUAAAGGACAAAGCAGAGGCCAAACCAGUCAGCAAAACAGCAACAGGCACUAAAGCCAAAGCUUCUCCUAAAGCAAAGACCAAGACAGCAGACAAAGGCAAAUCUGCUGCUAAAAAAGAUGGAAAACAGACUGUUGAAACACCGGCCAAGCAGGUAGGCAAAAAAGAUGCAAAACCAGCAGCAAAAAAGACAAAAAAAGUUGCCGCCAAGAAGGACUCCAAAAAAACUACAGCUGACACCAUGUCGACCUCAGACUCUCAGAAGGGCAAGGAGGAGCUGUGAUCCCGCAGCAGCUGUGACUCUGUUUUCUACAAGGUCUCCUCGGUGGGUGGUUGAAUAAAACAGAGUGAAAGGUUCAGUUUGUUAAACCUCAUUUGUCUUUUAAUGAAUUACUUAAGGUGGAGGAUGGUAUCAUAAGUGCUGUUUCACUGCAGAUGUCACUGAAGUCAUUACUUGAGUACUUACCUUGUUAACUGUCUGCUAGAGUGCCCAAAUCACUGUAUCCAUCUUUAUUUGGCAUCCAAAGCUCUGUCUCUGUAUAGAUACAUAUUUUCAUCUUAGUUUCCAACCUGAAUUUGUUUGUAGCUAUUGUCUUUUAUUUGUGAUGUGACUUUGUGGAACCAAGCACAGGGGGGUUAAUAAUAUUAGGGUAUAAUAUGAGCAGAAUAUUAUUGUUGAGAACUUCAAAUCAGCUGUGUGAAUCAAUUAAAUAAAAGUGAUGUUUCUAAA